CCCACUGCACCCGCCCUGUGCUGUUUGUGUGGCAGUCUGUACCAGGGGCGGACUGACCAUUUGGAAACUCGGGCACUGCCCGAGGGCCCAGGGUCAGUAGGGGGCCCCAUGAGAUGUCCCUGGUACCUUUUUCAUAGGCUUUUUUGAGUUUGGGCAAGGACACAGGGGCCCCAUGAUCCCCUAUUGCCCGGGGGCCCCAUGAGUUGUCAGUCCGGCCCUGUAUAUAGAGUGCCGCAUGGCAUAUGCUUUGAAUUAGGGGUGGACUGACCAUUCGAGCACUCGGGCACUGCCCGAGGGCCUGGGGUCAGUAGGGGGCCCCAUGAAAUGCCCUU